UCAUCAGCCGGAAGUGUGUGUCCUGACUUGUUGCUGUUGUGCUUGUCAUUCAGACAUCCCAGGAAUUCAACUACGGCUGAGAACGAGCCAGCUCGGCACAACAAGGACGUUUUAAGUUGAAAGAAAAACGCCGAAAAGGAAACAUCGCUUGUUGUCAGAACAUAAGUUAAAAAAAUAAAAAAGUUUGGAGUAACUCGGCGGUUACUGACAGUUGGGCAGCAUGCAGAUGUGAAGUGAGACCACAGAGCUGUCAUCUGCUGCCGCAACCCUGGACUGAGUGACAUCUUCUUCAUCCCCUUUUAUCGUCGUCAUACAUGCUCUUACAUGAAGAGAGGGGAGAAACCCGAAGGAUACAGACAGAUGAGACCCAAAACGUUUCCCACCAGCAACUACAGCGGCAACAGCCAGCAAAUGUUGCAGGAAAUACGGAACAGCCUGCGCAAUUUGUCCAAACCCUCCGACCCACCUAAAGUGGACAUCGGCGGAGGUGGAAAGAUUCUCUCCGAGGACCCGAGGCAACAGGGGCGCUGCAGCAACCCCAAAAAUAACCACCACAAGGCCUUGCAGGAGAUCCGCAGAUCCCUCAUGCCUUUCGCCAACGAGCCCGGUACUUCAGGCGCCGAGGCGAACAAACACAUGCCCCUGAAGCCUCCGUUUGUUGGGUUCGAGGAGAGCAACAGUCGCGGCGUGGGGGCAGACUACUUGGGUAAAGUGAGCUACCAGGAGUCAAUAAGGGAACAGAUGGCUGUUGCCAACCCCAACACGACAGGUCUGAAAGCCCCGGGAGCUUCUCAUAUCCAGCAGCCUGUGCUGAGGAGACCAAGCUGGAAAGGAUCUAAAGAGUCUUUGGCUCCUCGACACGUCCCUCUCAUGGUGGACGGGAUGAUGUACCGUUCGGACAGCCCCGGACCACCUCCUGCCUUCCCACAGGGUCACCCUGCUAACAGCCAGAGAGUCAACCCUCCACUUCCCCCUCAGAUGCGCAGCGUCACACCUCCACCAAACCGUGGCGCCAUGCCUCCUGCGGCAUCCUGGGACAGCAACCCGUCAACCAAGCGGUACUCAGGCAACAUGGAUUACCUUGUGCCCCGCAUCUCUCCGGUACCACAGGGGGCCUGGCCCGAUGGGUACCAAGCUGCAGCACCUCAGAAUCAGCGUGGGAUCAGCCCGGUGCCUAUGAGCCACCAGCCCAUCAUAAUGCAGAAUCAGGGGGGGAAUAAGUUCACCUUCCCAUCCGUCUGGUCCCAGAGUGGCUCACCUCAACCGGACUACAUGUCAGGGGGCAGCAGACAGCCUCCUCCCCCGUACCCGGUCAACCAGGGCAGCCGGCACAGUCCCACUGACCAGCAGAUGCAGACAGGAGGACCUGCCUCGUCUCCCUCUUACAUCAACGGUGGAAACAUGCCACAGUCCAUGAUGGUUCCCAACCGGAACAGUCACAACCUUGACAUGUACAACAUAGGUCCUCCUCAGUCCUGGUCCCAGGCUCCUCUGUCCUCCAACCAGCCACAGUCCUCCCCUGGAAACAGCAGUAACCAGGAUCUGUCCCCGUCAUGGCACGGCAACAUACCAGGCCGCUCUAAUUCCUUCAACAACCAGCAGCUGAACGGCAGAGCGACCCACCCCGCCAGCUCCCAGCCCUCUGCCACCACGGUCACUGCCAUCACUCAGGCUCCCAUCCUGCAGCCAGUCAAAAGCAUUCGUGUCCAGAAACCUGAGUUACACACGGCUGUCGCUCCCACACACCCUCCAUGGAUGCAGCAAGCUCCGCCACCUCCAGCUGCGCCCGCUUACCAAGAACCCUCAGCCCCCGUACCUCAGAUCCCUGUCGUAGCAGAAGUCCCCAGCUACCAGGGGCCUCCUCCACCCUAUCCUAAACAUCUCCUCCAGCAGCAGGCUGCACCCAGCCCUCCUGCCUAUGAUCCGGGGGCCAAUAGGCUUGGCACAGGCAGAGAGGAGGCUGCCGAAGACGAGAGCGGCGGUGGCGGCGACAGCUCCCGAGACAAGACGACAGAAACUCCCGAAAGCGCCGCAGCAACAGAGAAGGAGAAGAAGCAGAUCACGACAUCGCCUGUUCCUGUACGCCGCAACAAGAGAGACGGAGAGCGGAGGGGAGAGUCGGGAAGAGUCGCACUGUAUUCACCACAGGCCUUCAAGUUCUUCAUGGAGCAACACGUGGAGAACAUCCUGAAGAACCACCAACAGAGGAUUCGGAGGAGGAAGCAGCUGGAAAGUGAGAUGCAAAGGGUGGGUUUGUCUUCAGAAGCUCAGGAGCAGAUGCGCAUGAUGCUCUGCCAGAAAGAGUCCAACUACAUCCGGCUAAAACGGGCCAAGAUGGACAAAUCCAUGUUCAAACGGAUCAAGACCCUCGGCAUCGGAGCCUUCGGCGAGGUGUGCCUGGCCAGAAAAGAGGACACGGGAGCGCUGUACGCCAUGAAAACACUCCGUAAGAAGGAUGUGCUACUGAGAAACCAGGUGGCCCACGUCAAGGCGGAGAGGGACAUCUUAGCUGAGGCCGACAACGAGUGGGUGGUUCGUCUCUACUACUCUUUCCAAGACAAGGACAACCUGUACUUUGUCAUGGAGUACAUCCCCGGAGGCGACAUGAUGAGCCUUCUCAUCCGGCUCGGCGUCUUCAAAGAAGAGCUGGCCCAGUUUUACAUCGCAGAGCUCACCUGCGCUGUGGAGAGCGUCCACAAGAUGGGCUUCAUCCACCGAGACAUCAAGCCUGACAACAUCCUCAUAGACCGAGACGGACACAUAAAGCUCACCGACUUCGGCCUUUGCACCGGCUUCCGCUGGACCCACGACUCCAAGUAUUACCAGAGUGGUGACCAUGUGAGGCAGGACAGCAUGGACUUCAGCAAGGAAUGGGAAGAUCCAGCCAACUGCCGCUGUACGGACCGCCUGAAGCCUCUGGAGAGGAGAAAGGCCCGGCAGCAUCAGCGCUGUUUGGCUCAUUCACUGGUGGGGACGCCCAACUACAUCGCUCCAGAAGUUCUGCUCCGAACAGGAUACACCCAGCUCUGUGAUUGGUGGAGUGUCGGCGUGAUCUUGUAUGAGAUGGUUGUCGGACAGCCUCCGUUCUUGGCGACCACACCCCUGGAGACACAGCUGAAGGUGAUAAACUGGAAGAGCAUGCUGCACAUUCCCCUGCCAGCCAAGCUCAGCCCAGAGGCGUCGGACCUCAUCGUUAAAUUGUGCCGCGGUCCCGAGGACCGCCUAGGCAAGAACGGCGCCGACGAAAUCAAAGCUCAUCCUUUCUUCAAGACCAUCGACUUCUCCAGUGACCAGCGGCAGCAGGUGGCGCCGUACAUCCCCACCAUCGCCCACUCCACGGACACCUCCAACUUCGACCCCGUGGACCCGGAUAAACUGUGGAGCAGUGACAGCGACGGGGAGGACAACCUCAACGACACCCUCAACUGCUGGUUCCGCAACGGCAAACACCCCGAACACGCCUUCUACGAGUUCACCUUUCGCCGCUUCUUCGACGACAACGGCCACCCGUACAGCUGCCCCAAACCCAUCGAGUACGAGGGUUACAACGGGGACGAGGCGGACUCAGAGGGCCCGGUGCAGGAGGCAGCCGACAACUCAGCGACUCAGGGCCGAGACCUGGUCUACGUGUAGCGUCCGAGGCCAGCUGGGCUUGCUUGUACAUAGCGCAUUUGUGGAGGGUGUUUGUGUGCGUGUGUGAGAGCGGAGUGCAACGGUACAGCAUCGAAAUCCUUGAACAUAGGAAAGUGCGUUUUUUAGGAGCAGCACGCGGUCACAUCAACAGACUUCAGAGUUCACACUACAGGUUAAAGGAAGAGUCAGAGAAGACGCCACUCGUGUGUUUGUACACAAAUAUGAAGCCAGACUGUUUCCAGUCUUUGUGCUAAGCUUUCAUAUGAACUGUACAGAGAGCGGUAUCACUUUCACGUUUUGUUCGCUUCGUUCCUCAAAAUGUUGAACUUCCUUUAACGUGUCAGAGGUCUGUCAGUGUUGGACGUGCGCUGCCUGAAAACCUGCAGAGGAAAUAAUCAGGGUGCUCUGUGUGACGAGCCUCCCUCCUUUAAAGCCUUAAUUUAUUUCAGAAAACUGUACCUGGUGACGAUAGUGUAGAUGCUGUUUGAGUGUGGGAGUUUGUGUUGUUGGAAUAUUACAUUUAUUGGUUUAAAAAAGAAAUCGUCUUAAUUUAUAUUUUAAUGUCUGUUGCAAUGGGGAUUUAGUGUUGUGACUCAUAGAAAUUUGCAGGGAUAAAUUGCUCUAAUUAUUCAUUGCUGUGCCUUUUUUUUUUUUAUCUUUCACCAAAUAUAAAGAGGGUUAAUAAUCAGACUGGCAUUUUAAAAUGAGAGUAGCAGUAGCUGAUUGAACUACAGUAGGAGUUUGUUGUUUUAUUUUUCUAAUUUAUACCUAAAAAUGUAUUUAUAAAUUAAGUUGUAUACAGUCGAUGUAAAUAUUUUUCUCUUCCCUGUCAGCUGAUUUUUUUUGUUUUGUUUCUUAGGGCAGGCCCUCGUCAGUGUCCGCUGCUGCUGCCUUCACACGUCGUGUUUUUGUUUCACUAAUUCGCAGGACUCUGAGUAGAGAGAACGUCUUUCCUCUUCUUCAUGCGCGUCUCUCAACCAAAGCACUAAAUAGGUGGUUUUAUGUCGCAAGAAAAUAACACUCACAAAACCACGAAAUUAGCUUUCGUGGCUUCGUUACUACACUAUCAAUGCCUUGCUUUUAGGCGCCUAACCACUUCAUACCAGCUCCUUCAAAAUAAAGUUCUUCCUUCCUGUCUUUGAGGAAACGCUACAGCUGACUGUCACGUGCCUCUGUAGUGAUUAAAAAAACAAAAACAAAAAAACUAUGUAUCAAUGGACUGACGGUGGAGAGAAAGCGACGUGCCCUCCAUCACAUCAUGAUGAUUUUUUGUAACCCGCUGUACUUUUCUUAGUGUUUUAGGAAAAGAUCUCUGAAUGUAGUUCUGGACUUGUUUUAAUGGUGACCACUGGCAUUCUGCACUGGUUUUUGUGUUUUCAUUGUUAAAGUGAGAGAAUUUUAUUUUUGUGUACAUUUAUUGCUCCGGGAGGUUUGGUACAGGGAAGAGGGUGAUAAAUAAAGAAUGUAAAGAACAAAA